AGCGCGGGACGCGCCGCGGCCGCUGCCGGGCCCUCGGUGCCGCCGGCGGCUCCUUCUGCUCCUGCCGCUCCUUCCUCCUUCUCCUCCUCCUCCUCCGGGCCCGCCCCCCGUGUCCCGCAGCGCGAGUGACCCGCCGGGCCCACGAUCUGGGAGCAGGAUGGUCCACGCCGAGGCCUUCUCGCGGCCCCUGAGCCGGAACGAGGUGGUGGGGCUCAUCUUCCGCCUGACCAUCUUCGGGGCCGUCACCUACUUCACCAUCAAGUGGAUGGUUGAUGCCAUUGAUCCCACCAGGAAGCAGAAAGUGGAAGCUCAGAAGCAGGCUGAAAAACUAAUGAAGCAAAUUGGAGUGAAAAAUGUCAAGCUGACAGAAUAUGAAAUGAGCAUUGCUGCACAUCUCGUGGACCCACUUAGCAUGCAUGUCACCUGGAGUGAUAUUGCAGGCUUGGAUGAUGUCAUUACAGAUCUGAAAGACACUGUCAUUUUGCCCAUCAAGAAGAAAUAUUUGUUUGAGAAUUCCAGGCUCUUACAGCCCCCAAAAGGAGUCCUCCUCUAUGGCCCCCCUGGUUGUGGCAAAACCCUGAUUGCCAAAGCUACAGCCAAGGAAGCAGGUUGCAGAUUUAUCAACCUCCAGCCUUCCACCCUGACAGACAAGUGGUAUGGAGAGUCCCAAAAACUGGCUGCUGCUGUCUUCUCCCUGGCUAUAAAGCUCCAACCAUCCAUCAUCUUCAUUGAUGAAAUAGAUUCCUUCCUCCGGAACCGCUCGAGCACUGACCACGAGGCCACAGCCAUGAUGAAAGCUCAGUUCAUGAGCCUGUGGGAUGGGCUGGACACCGACUAUAACUGCCAGGUGAUCGUGAUGGGAGCCACCAACCGCCCCCAGGACCUGGACUCGGCCAUCAUGAGGAGAAUGCCCACCCGCUUCCACAUCAACCAGCCUGCUCUGAAGCAAAGAGAAGCCAUCCUGAAGCUCAUCCUGAAAAAUGAAAAUGUGGACAGGCACGUGGACCUCCUGCAGAUCGCCAAGGAGACGGACGGGUUCUCGGGCAGCGACCUGAAGGAGAUGUGCCGGGACGCGGCGCUGCUCUGCGUGCGGGAGUACGUCAACAACGCCUGCGAGGAGGACACCCACGACGAGGAUGAAAUCCGGCCCGUGCAGCAGCAGGAUCUCCACAGGGCCAUCGAGAAGAUGAGGAAAUCCAAGGAUGUCUCCAUGCAGAACCUCGCCAUGGAGAUUGUUUUUGAUUAAGCCCAAAGAGCGUGUUUGCAGUUCCUGACGUGAUUUAGUUUGACUUCUGUAAUCAGUUAGCAAAACCGGGGGCGGGAGUGGGGAUGGCCCAGGGAGUUCUGUUUUCUGGAAUCGUUUUGAUACAACAACUUCUAAGUUAUUGAAAUUCCAUCGCGCGCCACUGGAAGUGCAACGAGAGAUCAUGAGUGGAACAAUUGAGCCCAGCCCGAGAGUGUUGUCCCACACUGAUCCACUGAGGAGCCUUCCAGCAGGUGGGACACGGGGGCACCGGGGUGAGGGGGACAAUCCGUGGCAGGGCUGUGCUACCUGUGACCUGUACAUAGCCACACUUUUUUUUAUAUAUAUAGACAUAAUCUGUAGAUAACUUGAGUAUGGAAAAUCUUUUCUACUUAACUGAAGCAAACCAAAUCAGAAGAUGUAUAGAUGAAGGGUUCCUCGAUACUCAGUUCACUUCUACCUUUUAGCAGCAAAUACCAAGAUAGAAACUGCUUCUAGAACAAAGCAAACUUUGAAAUGCUACUGAUUUCUCUUUCACGUGACCACUUGAAAUCCGGUGCCAUUUAGUAAAGAUAGCAAACUACUCUGUACAAAUGUUGGAAUACUUUUAAUUUUGUAUGAAUUCUGCUUUUUAAAUGAACGCUGGUUUUAUUUUGGGUUUUCCCUUGAUGUGAGCAAUUAGAGUAGACUCUUCCCUGGUCUUUUCCUGAAGCCCCCCCGUGUUCUGAGCUCUCUGGGGCCGUGGCUUUCUGAGCUCCUGUGUGUUGUGCUGAGGACUGGCUGCUCUCUGUGUCUCCUCUGGAGGCCCCAGUGUGGCACCACCCCAUGCUGUGUCACAGCUCUGCUGCCUGGGAGGGGAGGGAGGCGUUGGAAGCAGAGAAUGAUGUAAAACCAAACGCACUGCAAAGGAAAAUAAAGUGAAAUAAAGAGGGCUGGAGCCCUGCCAUCACA